CCGCGCCGCGCCUUAAAUUCCACGACAAGGACCGAUGCAUUUGGGAAAGGGUAAAUCUUGGGCUAACCGCCAUCAAGUACUACCAACACUACGUCGUUCCACAGCACUAAAUUAGAACAACGACUAAACAUUAGCUCAAUUCCCACUACCACAUGUAAAUUCAACUCCGAAAAUUCUCAUCGGAGACGCAGAAUAAUUUUUUAGUCCUAGGGUUUGCUAAUCACUUUGUCAUCGCCGGCUAUGGCGUUACAAACCGGAAUAGGCUUAGGCAGAAUCAUCUUCAUUGUCGGUGCUGGGUACACUGGUACUGUGCUGUUCCAAAAUGGUAAAUUAUCUGAUGUAUUAGGCGAGCUUCAGAACUUGAUAAAAAAUUAUGAAAAAUCAGGGGAGACAGAUGCUGGAGAUUCAGAUGUUAUGGCUGCACAGGUUCGUAGGCUGGCAAUGGAGGUUCGACAAUUGGCUUCUGCUCGAUCAAUUACUGUUCUUAAUGGAAAUUCUACUGGUAACUUGACAUCUCUUAUCAUGCCAACUGCUGCAGUAGGGGCGUUGGGUUAUGGAUAUAUGUGGUGGAAGGGCUUAUCAUUCUCUGACCUUAUGUAUGUAACCAAAAAGAAUAUGACAAAUGCCGUUUCAAAUUUGACAAAGCACUUGGAGCAUGUUUCUGAGGCGCUUGCUGCAACAAAGAAACAUUUGACACAGAGAAUUCAGAAUGUCGAUGGGAAAUUGGAUGAUCAAAUGGAGAUGUCAAAACUACUAAGGAAUGAGGUUAAUGAUGUGCGUGGUGAUCUGUCACAAAUUGGUUGUGAUUUGGAUGAAUUACAGAGAAUGGUUUCUGGUCUGGAUGGCAAGUUAGUUUCCUUAGAAGGCAAACAGGACUUCGCAAAUGCUGGUGUCAUGUACCUGUGCAAUAUAGUCAAUGGAAAAAGGGUGAAGAUGCCUGAUACACUUCAGGAACAACUUAAAAUUGUGGGCAACUCAACACCUAGUCUCAUGGGCCUUAAAGAACUUGCGGACUCUUUACCACAAGGAAAUUCUAAUAGGUAUUUAACUGAUGGCAUUGCCCAAGAUAAUCUUGAUAAGUUAAAAGAUCCACCAAGAGGCCUAAUGAGGACGGCUUCUACCAAGUGCUGAUUCACCCGUAUGAAAGGAAAUAUCAUUUGGUUGUUUCUGUUUUUCUUGGAGUAUCAGGGCUCUGCUGGGAUAUUUUCUUUUUUUCUUGGGGGGUUGUUGAACGGCAGUCUCUUCAACUUCUGUUCCAGUUAAUGGUUACAUAUGUAGUCAUCAAAUGAUGGAGCCUAUAUUUAGACCUCCACUGAUAUUUCAUCUAUGCGCUCAUAUAUACGUAUUUUGUCUCAAAUCACAACUGUAUAUGAUUGAAUAAAAUACGUGCCACUGGAUAGUAGGCACAGUGGUGACACUGUUAAUUUGAAAAAAGAUGUCAGAAAAUUAUUCUUGGUGUUCUCUUUUCUGUA